AUGCUGGGAUCACGUUUGGUCAGUAGAAUGGCUUUGCUAAACAUGAAGCACAACUCAGUUGUGGAGACAUAUAGAGGUUCGUUGUGGUGCGAAAAUGGGCGGCCCCGGACCUACGCCCACGCAAUCUCGUGUCUCGGACAGGGUUUUGGGGGUUAUUAUCCUUGGAUGCCUACUAUUAAAUCUGGAAUGGCGACUGCGGCCAAAGACGAUAAACCACUUUUGGUGAUAAUUCACAAGUCAUGGUGCAGUUCCAGCUGCGCUCUCGCAGAAAGUGCAAGAAAAUGUCCUGAGAUGAUACGUUUAGCAAACUUUUUCAUUAUGGUAAAUCUAAGGGAUGAUCAAGAGCCAAAGGACAAAAAAUAUAUGCCAGAUGGAGGAUACACUCCUAGGGCAUUGUUCUUCACCCCCCAAGGAGAAUUUCGGCCAGACAUAAUCAACCAUGCAGGCCCUACUCAGUAUCAGUUUUACUACCCUAAUGCAAGUGAAUUAGCAAAAUCCAUGGCACUGGCCUUAAAACGGAUGAAGCCUCUUAUUUACAAAGAGUUCUGUUGUUGUCAUCCUGCAUGA